CCUGUUUUCCCCACAACAACAACCCUGUGAGGUGGAUUGGGCUGAGAAAGUGAUUAGCCCAAAGUACCCAGCCAGCCUUCGUGCCUAAGGAUCUUCUGGAUGCCAUAAUGGCCAAGUUGAUACAAGCACCUCCUAAGUUUCUGCCCCCCGAAUGGUACAUUGCUAACAAGGUCCAAUACAAUAGCGCCGAGGCCCAGCGGUCUCGUUCAGAACGCUUGGUGGAUGAGAGCCAGCGGCUGGUAGAUGAAAUCGAGAGAACCACUCAGAAGACCCAAAGUGAUGUCAACAAGAGAAUAGAACAGAGACUUGAGGAGAUAAAAUUCUGGAGGCAGCAGUUGGAUGACAAGCUUGACCAGAUUGUAAAGGAGACUGAAGUGCUUUUGUCAUUCAAAACAAGGCUGGAAAAGGCUCUGGAGGGCUGCAAAGAACCACUUUUCACUGCCCAGGAGUGUCUCUUAAACCGAGAAAGGCGGGUUGGUAUUGACUUGGUCCAUGAUGAAGUGGAACGGGAGCUGAUCAAGGAAGUUGAGGUCUUCCAGGGAGUUGUUGCUCUGCUUGAACGUACACGGGAGCAAACUGAUGAGCAACUCAGGCUUAAUCGCACAGCCAAAUACAAUCUUGAACAGGACCUGAAGGAUAAAUUCACAGCCUUGACAAUUGACAACUAUUGCUCCAAUCUGACCAACAACUCUACUGAUAUUGGAUAUGCCCAAAAUGUUGUGAAGGUUGAGAACUCAGUGAGCCCUGAACAAUGGACGGAUUUCUCCAACACCAAUGUUGAAAAAGCAGACAAACAGCGAAACAAUUCCCUGGCCCUCAGAGCCUUGAUUGACAGCAUUUUGUCCCAGACUGCCAGUGACAUGCGCAAGCAAAACAGGACAGUAAACAUUGCAUUCCAGAAUAGAGUGAAGGAGACCAAGGAUGUCAAGAACAAAUUAGAAAUUCACCUGGCAAAGCUGAUGGAUGAGAUCAACUCUCAGACAAAAAAUAUUGAUGCUUUGAAGAAAGCUAUCCAGGAUAAGAAGGGGCCAGCCAAGGUGGCCCAAACUCGCCUGGAGACCCGGACUCACCGUCCAAAUGUAGAGCUUUGCCGAGACACGGUGCAGUAUCGACUCAUGAAUGAAGUGCAGGAAAUCAACCAUAAUAUCCAGAGGCUGAUGGAUACAUUGGCUCAGGCUGAAAGAGAACUGAAAGGCCUAAACCGCCAGCAGCUCUCCCUGGAGGAAGAGAUUGAAGUCAAAGCAAAUACCCUUUAUAUUGAUGAAGUGCUCUGCAUGCAGAUGAGAGAAUCCAUGUCCAUCAAUAAUUUCUGAUCCGUGAGGCAGGCAGAAUCUCUGCUUGGCUGGACCCUACGAAUAAAUCUUGAGACAUUGGCUUAAACUUUCAAAAAACUUUUUACAGAAGCCAAACAUCUGCCCUGAACUUUCUAACAGAUAAAAUAAAUUAGUGAAACCUUCAUCCUAAGCUCUUGGAGGGUCCCUGUGACAGAGGACUAGGGUGAAAGUGAUGGCUGGAAAGAAAACAAGCAGGACUUGAACUAAUGUCUUUAGUGCGGACAUAGUUUAAAAGGGGGAGUGCUGACACGUUGCUUUCCCAGGAUUUGUCAAUGUUCUUUCCUCUUCAGGCAGAAGACAGAUUAAAAAAAGUUAACUUUUCAAAUAGGCUAAGGUGGGGAUGAGAUGAAGGCUAGAGUCACCCACCCUAAGAUCCUGACCCUGAUUACCAAUUGACAGCCCUAUCCAGGUCACACAAUCAUUCAUCCACUGAGACACAAGAUCCAAAAGGAUACCACAGGAGAUGGGAGCGAUCAUAAAUGUUGGUGGCUUCAACCAAAUGAUCACAGCUGCCAUCUUGACUCUUCUCUCUCUCUCCCCCUCCUCCUCAAAGGAUAAUUCUGCAUAAUUCUGUGCAAUGUUGUGUGACUCCUAAUACUUGGGCUGAUUUUUAAAAUGUAAAUAUUGUGUAGGCGAUGACUCCCAUAGCUUAUACAAGUAGUCUUCAACUUAUGACCACCAUUGGGACCAGAAUUUUUGUUAACAAGGCAGUCAUUCAGUGAGACAGACCUGAUAUUAUGACCCUUUUUUCUAAUGGUUUUUAAGUGAAUCAUGCAAUCGUUAAGCAAAUCCGGCUUACCCCGUUGGCUUUGUUUAUUGGAAGCCAGCUGGGAAAGUCACCAGUGGAGACCA